AUGUCGGCCAAGAAGAUCGUGGUGAAGCUGGAGCUCCAUGACAACAAGGACAAGCAGAAGGCCAUGAAGGCCGUCUCCGUCCUCGUCGGCAUCGAUGCCAUAUCCAUGGACCUGGCGUCGCGCAAGAUGACGGUGAUCGGCACGGUGGACCCGGUGCACGUGGUGAGCAAGCUGCGCAAGGGCUGGGCGGCCUACAUCGAGUCCGUCGGCCCGGCCAAGGAGCCCGAGAAGAAAGAGGAGAAGAAGGAGGAGGCCAAGAAGGAGGGAGACGGGGCCAAGAAGGAAGGCGGCGACGGCGGCGACGCCAAGAAGGAGGGCGACGGGAAGAAGGAGGGCGACGGGAAGAAGGACGGCGACAAGAAGGAGGAGGGUGACGGCAAGAAGGACGGCGACGGGAAGAAGGACGGCGACAAGAAGGAGGAGGGCGAUGGCAAGAAGGACGACCAGAAGAAGCCCGCCGCCGUGGCCCCGUUGCCGUUCCCGCACCACAUGCCGCUGCCGCACCACAUGCCGCCGCCCUACAUGUACAACGCGGACUACAUGAUGAACCAGUACCGGCCGGCGCCGCCGGCCUACCCGCCGCCGUACGUGCCGCCGCAGCACUACUACGUGCGGAACAUGAGCAUGGAGGAGAACCCAAACUCGUGCGUCAUCUGCUAA